GUAGGGCCGCACCGCGCUUUGCAAACAGGUAAACUCGGCAGAGGCGCGACCGCCCUCAUCGCAGAGAGCUGGGCCACCGGGAGGAUCUCUGGACACCCAAGGCCCCACCUCCUGCCCGGAAAAGAGACGACCCGCCGGGCGCAGGCGCAGAGGCCGUGCCCGUCCGCUGCGCCGCCAGCCAGGGCGGAAACGGCUACGGCUUCGCUAGAGGCGCAUGCGCGGGUCCCGGAGUUUUCGCGAGAUAACGGUCGAAAACGCGCUGUUGUCGAUUUCCGGUAGUGAAUCAGGCACCGGAGUGCAGGGUCGGGGUUGCAAUCCUUGGGCCGCUAGGCAAGCGGCGAGACCUGGCUAAGGCCAGCGAGCCGAGGACAGCGGGCGCUUGGAGGGCCAGGCCGCAGCCCCGGCCGCCUGCAGGCCCCGCCAUGGACCCGUUCCUGGUGCUGCUGCACUCGGUGUCGUCCAGCCUGUCGAGCAGCGAGCUGACCGAGCUCAAGUUCCUAUGCCUCGGGCGCUUGGGCAAGCGCAAGCUGGAGCGCGUGCAGAGCGGCCUGGACCUCUUCUCCAUGCUGCUGGAGCAGAACGACCUGGAGCCCGGGCGCACCGAGCUCCUGCGCGAGCUGCUGGCCUCCCUGCGGCGCCACGACCUGCUGCGGCGAGUCGACGACUUCGAGGCGGGGGCGGCGGCCGGGGCCGCGCCUGGGGAAGAAGACCUGUGUGCAGCAUUUAACAUCAUAUGUGAUAAUGUGGGGAAAGACUGGAGAAGACUGGCUCGUCAGCUCAAAGUCUCAGACACCAAGAUCGACAGCAUCGAGGACAGAUAUCCCCGCAACCUGACAGAGCGCGUGCGGGAGUCGCUGAGAAUCUGGAAGAACACAGAGAAGGAGAAUGCAACAGUGGCCCACCUGGUGGGGGCUCUCAGGGCCUGCCAGAUGAACCUGGUGGCCGACCUGGUACAAGAGGUUCAGCAGGCCCGUGAUGUCCAGGAGAGGAGUGGGGCCAUGUCCCCGAUGUCAUGGAACUCAGACGCAUCCACCUCCGAAACUUCCUGAUGGGCCGCUGCUUUGCCCCGGUGGACCACAGGCAUCUGCACAGCCUGGACUUUGGUUCUCUCCAGGAAGGUAGCCCAGCACUGUGAAGAGCCAGCAGGAAGCCAGGCUGAGUGAGCCACAGACCAGCUGCUUCUGAACUCCAGCUGCAUUUAUUGAUGCCUCUCCCGAGCCAGGCCGGGCUUGGGCCCUGCACAGAUAUUUCCAUUUCUUCUUCACUAUCACACUGAGUAAGAUCCUGUUGUCUCCACUAAAUGAGCUCCUGCGGGAGUAGUUGGAAAGUUGGAACUGUGUCCAGCACAGAAGGAAUCUGUGCCGAUGAGCAGUCACGCUGUUCCUCCACAGUGGAGGAGACCAGCUCAGGGGCCCAGGAACCGGAGCAAAGCAGAGACGUGGGAGAACUGGGAUUUGAACCCCCGCCAUCCGGCACCAGAGCCCAUGCUCAACCACUGUGUUGUUCUGCUGCCCCCGCAGUUGGCAGAAAGGAUGUUUUGUCCCGUUUCCUUGGAGGCCACCGGAACAGACGUGGACACUAGGGUCAGGUGGGGUGGUGUGGUGGGGAAAGGUAUUGCUGGGGUAGGGGUGUGGUGACCUGGUUGGCCGUGGUCCAGCUCUUGGCCCCUGUGUGAGUUGAGUCUCCUGUCUGAGACUGCUAAGUAGGGGCAGUGAUGGUUGCCAGGAUGAAUUGAGAUAAUGUCUGUGAGGUGCUGAUGAGUGAUUGACACAGCACUCUCCAAAUCUUCCUUGUAAGGAUUAUCGGGCCUGCGAUUCUACAGUUUCUUACUAUUUUGUAUCAAAAUCACUAUCUUUCUGAUGACAGAAUUGCCAAGGCAGCGGGAUCUCGUAUCUUUAAAAAGCAGUCCUCUUGUUUCUAAGGUAAUCCUGUUAAAACACAACUUUACAACUUCCAUAUUACAAAAUAUUUUCUAUUCCUA